AUGGAUCGCAAGGACUCCCCGCUGUCGCCAUCGUCUCCGGCGUCGUCGUGCGUGUCGUCGUCGUCGUACACGGUGUCAGCGGGCAUAUGGGCGAUGAAUAUCCUCGGUGCAGUGGGCAUCAUUAUGGUGAACAAGCAGCUCAUGUCCGCCUACGGCUUCACCUUCGCAGCGGCGGUGCUGCCUCUUUGGGUACUCUUAGGGUUCACGCUGCUGGGGAACGCGAGUCUGGUGGCGACGAAUUUCAGCCUGCUGCUCAACUCGGUGGGGUUCUACCAGAUCUCCAAGGUCGCCGUCAUCCCGCUUGUCUGCCUCUUCGAGUCGCUCGCCUGGCGCCGCGAGAUCGCGCGCGGCGUGUGGACGGCGAUGGCGGUGGUGAUGGUGGGCGUGGGGCUCUGCACCAACGCCGACAUUACGCUCAACGUCGUCGGCUUCUGCGUCGCAACCCUCGCCGUCGUGUGCUCCGCGCUGCACAUGAUGCUUAUUGGCUGGUUGCAGGACCACUACGCCACAUCGUCGUUCGACCUGCUGAGUCAGACGGCUCCCCUGCAGGCGUUCCUGCUGCUGCUGAUCGGCCCGCCCCUCGACUUCUACCUCACGUCGCGCUCGCUGCUCUCCUUCCACUUCUCCCCCGGCGCCCUCCUCUUCCUGCUGCUAUCGGGGCUGCUGGCAGUGGCGUGCAACCUGAGCGUGUAUCUGUGCAUCGGCCGAUUCUCCGCCACCACCUACCAGGUGCUGGGCCACAUCAAGACCGUCCUCGUUAUAGGCAUCGGCGUCGUCUUCUUCCACUCGCCACUGUCGCUGCACAGCAUGCUCGGCAUGUCGCUGGCCGUGCUGGGCAUGGCCAUGUACGGCCGUGCCAUGCAAUGCGCGCGCAUCACCACCAGUGGCGGCAAAACGGGGAGGACAGGGUGCGUACCAGGCGGAGUGGCAUGCUGUGACGAUGGCAUGACGGUGGUGAAGCACGCAUGGGGCAGGGUGAUGCAUGCCUGGGCGUGGGACGAGGCAGAGCGCUCCUUUGUCCCCGUGGCAGGCAGGACCGCGGCAAGGGGCAUAGGGCUCGCAGCAGGGGUGGGAGGAGGAGGCGGCGGGUUGAUGGUGAGAGCGUCAGCAGCAGCGCCUCAGCUGCGGGUGCCACUGCUGGGUGCUAGAGACCUGGAGGCAGGCAGGGGAUGA